AUGACAGCACCUUCCACCUCACGAGUGCUCAGUCACUCGCAAGUCAAUCGUUACCCAGCUGGGCCUGGUCCCGGACACCGUCCCACUUGGACACCUAUCGCCACUAGCAUCACAAGCAGCAACGAGACUGCGGUUAGUGGCUCGAAUACUUCUUCUAUUGGCCCUGCUGGCUGUUCCUCCGGCCAGUGGCAAAAUGUAUCGCCAACUUCAGGCGGUUAUUCUCCAGGUACGCCAUUUGCCUCAUCUUCAUCUGGCUAUUCGACUGCCAGUUCCUACCCAGCACCCUCUGGCUACUGUGUACAAAAUAACAACGAGGCAAGGCGACUUGAUUCCUGCGUUGCUGGCCGAAUAGACAACUUUGUACCAAGUGGUCGACCUGUUUGCGAACCCCUGGUAACUGGAGUCCCGAGCAACAGUAAUACCGCCGCGGCAGUCGGUGGCCAAAUUACACUGUCCACAGCUUUUGGGGAAAGAUCCAGUCCUGGUCUGCGACUGCAUGGUCCAACAACCUGGCUGACGCCCGUUUCUGAUCUCUCUCUAAUGUCACCUCCAUCGCCUAACUCGGUCUCCCCUGAAUUCUGUAAUGACGCUAGUCAACGAAUGAUUCCAUCGACUCGGUAUGUUAAUAAUAAGGGAGCUUUGUCCUUUCCUCAUAGCAACAACUUUGAUAAUAUCUUUAUGUAUCCUAUUCAUCCAGUAUAG